CUGUCUGGAGGUUUUUCGUUUGGGGAGGGACUGAGGAGCGCCUGGUAGAGCGGGAGCUUCAGGGCAGCAGGCAACCCCCUGGCCCAAAAAGCCUGGAACUCGAGGACCAGCUGGCGGUGCGGCCUGGGACACCCCUACCUUGUCUCUCAGGGAAAGGCCUUGGAAAGCAGUGGUUGCACCAGACAGCCCAGGAAAGAGCCGAAGCCUGAAGACCUGGGGCCACCUGCUGUUCCCUGGCAUUCAUGUCCCUCUGGGGUGGAGGAAGGACCCGGGACAAUGGCUGCUGCUCAUGAUCUGGAGAUGGAGAGCAUGAAUCUGAAUCUGGAGAGAGAGAUGAAGGAAGAGCUGGAGGAAGAGGAGAAAAUGAGAGAGGAUGGAGCAGGGAAAGAUCGUGCCAAGAAGAAAAAGGUCCAUAGGAUCGUCUCAAAAUGGAUGCUUCCCGAAAAGGCCCGAGGAACAUAUUUGGAGAGAGCUAACUGCUUCCCACCCCCCGUGUUCAUCAUCUCCAUCAGCCUGGCCGAGCUGGCAGUGUUUAUUUACUAUGCUGUGUGGAAGCCUCAGAAACAGUGGAUCACCUUGGACACAGGCAUCUUGGAAAGUCCCUUUAUCUACAGUCCUGAGAAGAGGGAAGAAGCGUGGAGGUUUAUCUCAUACAUGCUGGUACAUGCUGGAGUUCAGCACAUCUUGGGGAAUCUUUGUAUGCAGCUUGUUUUGGGUAUUCCCUUGGAAAUGGUCCACAAAGGCCUCCGUGUGGCGCUGGUGUACCUGGCAGGAGUGAUUGCAGGGUCCCUUGCCAGCUCCAUCUUUGAUCCCCUCAAAUGCCUUGUGGGAGCUUCAGGAGGAGUCUAUGCUCUGAUGGGAGGCUAUUUUAUGAAUGUUCUGGUGAAUUUUCGAGAAAUGAUUCCUGCCUUCGGAAUUUUCAGACUGCUGAUCAUCAUCCUUAUCAUUGUGUCGGACAUGGGAUUUGCUCUCUAUAGAAGGUGCUUUGUUCCUGAAAAUGGGCCUCCGGUGUCUUUUGCAGCUCACAUUGCAGGUGGAUUUGCUGGAAUGUCCAUCGGCUACACGGUGUUUAGCUGCUUUGAUAAAGCACUGCUGAAAGAUCCAAGGUUUUGGAUAGCAAUCGCUGCUUAUUUAGCUUGUGUCUUGUUUGCUGUGUUUUUCAACGUUUUUCUAUCUCCAGCAAACUGACCUGCCCCUAUUAUAAGCCAACUAAUAAAAAGAGCCAUCUGGAGGAAGAAAAAAAAGGGAAAACCCUGUGAAGAAACAGAGAAGUCUCAGCAAAGGCUAACAAUUUUAUAUAGAGGACAAAACAGCAUUAAAUUAAUCAGUUUCAAGGACUGCCUACAAAAGGAUCUUAGGAUUUAAGGAAGGGGCUUCUGAAUGUAGAAAGGGAAGAAGAGAGAAAAGAAGGGUAGUAAAAACUAGAGAUGGGGGCCAGCCGCGGUGGCUCACACCUUUAAUCCCAGCACUUUGGGAGGCCGAGGUGGGCGGAUCACCUGAGGUUGGGAGUUCAAGACUAGCCUGACCAACAUGGAGAAACCCCCAUCUCUACUAAAAAUACAAAAUUAGCCGGGCAUGGUGGCACGUGUCUAUAAUCCCAGCUACUUGGGAGGCCGAGGCA